AGACUAAUGGUCAAAGCAAAAACCAAUGCCAGUUCAAAUAAAGUCAUCAAAAUGUAGCCACAACCUCUUCACAUAUAUUUUGAAACUCAGAAAUUAAGUUUCACCAAUUGAGGAAAAUUAUUAUAUUUCCAGUCUUUAGUCUGAUCAACAUUUCUCUAGAAGGGUCAGUUUCUUGGUUCUCUUUGUUCAAAAAGAUAUAAAGCUUAUCCAAAUAUAUACUAGAUCUUAUUAUUCACUGAUAUAGUCAUAUCUUACUUUGUGCGUCAAGAUUUUGGACAUUUUGAGUUUCCUUCAAUUUCUUUUAGUUCUUCUAUCUAGAGCCUUUUUCUUUUGUCUAUCAAAUUUAACUCUAAAAAGGGGUUGGAGUUGACAAAAAAAAAAUAAAAAAAAUUGAUUCUUUACCAUAAAAAGCCUUUUUCCUGGUAGAUAUUUCUAUUUUGGCACUUCUUCCCCCUCCAUAUUUGGUCUAGGAAAGAUUGUUGUUGAUUGUAUCCUUAGCAGUAUCUUGAAUUUUCCAAAUUUGGCUAAUCCAGGGUGUCCUUGAUUAUACAUAGUGUUAAGCUUUUCUAUUUUUUCUUUUUGACCAUCCUGUAAUUCGAAAACAACUUGUCCGACUAAUCCAGAUUUGCACCGUAUUAGGCUGAUUAAAUCUCAAAACCAAGACCUCUGUGUCAGGUGAAGAGAUUCCAUCCAUCCCACCUCGUUGGUUCAUAGUGUGUUGAGCUAAUUUGUUGGUUCUUGAAUUUUUUUAUGAUAUGGGAGACUGUGAAACUACUUUUCCUGUAUUGGUGGAGGAAGAAAAACUGAUUGCUGCUGCACAGCAAAUUGUGAAAGCAUUGCAGAAUAAAAAAGAUUUAACACAUGAUGCAAGAAAAAUCUUGGCUGAUUUAGGCUCUCAAUUGUCUUCCAUAACCAAAGUGGAUGAAGAAAAGCAUGACAAACUUUGUGGAACUGAAAACACUAUAGAGAAAAAAUUCAGUGAGCUUGAGGAACAGCUUAACAUAGUGCAAAAUAAAGUGAUGAGAUGGGAGGUUGAUGAAUCUCUUAUAUGGGAUUGUGGCCAAGAAUAUAGAGAUGAUUAUUUGAGGUCUGUGGAUGAAGCUCAAAAAAUCAUCGAACGGUUAGAGAGCUUGAAUGUGGAUAAAAUUAGUAAAGAGGGUAAUGAGCUUCUGUGUAGGGCUCAUGAAGUUGUGCAAGUAGCAAUGCAUCAACUCGAGGAGGAGUUUAAGCACUUGCUUGUUCAGAACAAGCAGCAUUUCGAGCCUGAUCAGCAUAUGUCUUUUCGUUCAAACGAAGAUGAUGAGGGUGAGGGUUCUAUUGCUUCUUUCGGAGAUGACUCAGUAGAGGAUUCGGUGGUUCAAAGAGAUAGUUUGAGUAGACGCUCAUCGGAGGAGUUUGUCGUUGAACUUGUCCAUCCGGACGUGAUUCCUGACUUAAGGUGCAUCGCGAAUUUGAUGUUCAAUUCAAAUUAUAGUAGGGAGUGUUCUCAAGCAUUUAUCAAUGUUAGGAAAGAUGCCUUGGAUGAUUUCCUAUUCAUUCUUGAAGUGGAUAAGUUGAGUAUUGACGAUGUGAGGAAGAUGGAAUGGAACUCAUUGAAUUCCAAAAUCAGGAGGUGGAUACGAUGUAUGAAGAUCUUCGUGCGCGUUUAUCUUGCCAGUGAAAAAUGUUUAAGUGAUCUGAUUUUCGGUGAACUUGAUCCAGUUGGUUCACUUUGCUUUGCUGAGUCUUCAAAAGCUUCAAUACUGCAUUUACUAAAAUUUGCUGAAUCAGUAGCUAUAAUUGGACCUCAUCAACCAGAAAAGUUGAUUCGGAUUCUUGACAUGUACGAGGUUCUUUCAGAUCUCAUCCCGGAUAUUGAUGUUAUGUACUCCGAUGAUGCUGGAUUAUGCGUUAGAAUCGAGUGCCAGGAGAUCCUCAGAAGCUUAGCCGGUUGUGCAAGGACGACUUUUCUUGAAUUUGAAAGUGCUGUUGCAUCCAGCGUAUCAGCAAAUCCUUUUCGUGGUGGUGGAAUACACCAUCUCACGAGGUACGUUAUGAACUACAUGAAAACUCUAACGGAUUAUAGCAAGAUCCUUAACGAGCUUCUGAAGGGCGACGAGGAGGAAGAUUCAUCAGUGGCUAAUUCACUGGAUAGUAGAGAAGAAGAUAACAUUAACGGAAGUUAUUACGUUUCUCCAUUGGCUCGAUAUUUUAGAUCCUUCACUUCAAUUUUGGAAUGCAACCUUGAUGACAAGUCAAAGUUGUACAAGGAUGAAUCAUUAGGUCACCUUUUCUUGAUGAAUAAUAUUCAUUACAUGGCUGAAAAGGUAAAGAAUUCUCAUGAUCUGAGAACAAUACUAGGCGAUGAUUGGAUACGCAAACAUAAUUGGAGAUUCCAACAGCACGCGAUGAACUAUGAGAGAGCUACUUGGAGCUCAAUCCUUUCGUUACUUAGGGAAGAAGGGAUUCAGAAUCCAGGAUCGAAUUCUAUCUCAAAAACUCUGCUCAAAGAGAGAUUGCAGAGCUUUUAUGUUGCAUUCGAUGAAGUUUACAAGAGCCAAACGGGUUGGUUAAUUCCUGAUUCCCAACUUCGCGAUGAUCUACAUAUCUCAUUGUCUCUUAAGGUUAUCCAAGCAUAUAGGACUUUUGUUGGAAGGCAUAGUAAUCAUAUUAGUGACAAGCACAUUAAGUAUAGUGCCGAUGAUUUGGAGAAUUUCCUGUUGGAUCUCUUUGAGGGAUCUCCAAGAUCAUUACAUGGUUCUCACGGGAAAAUGAGAUGAAGAUUUUGUUCAUUCUCAAUUUGUCAUGUACAUUGUAAAAUAUGUCCAUUUUAUAUUAGGUUGAUUGUUUCAUUCUUGUAGAGUUGUUUGUUUCCCAAUGUAAAUAUUAACUUGUUUGAUAUCCAAAUUUGGUAUUUCAGAUCUAAUGGUAUGUUUUACUUCUGGAA